UUGGCCGCGACGCGGACACGGACGGCUGCUGAGGGAACGGGGCGCUCGCUGUCAUGUCCCUUCUGCUGUGCGGGGCUCGCCUACUGGGCGCCCGGGGUUUCAGGCUCCAGUCUGGGCCACGCUGCUCCAGGAUGUUCUGUUCCGGCGCCUUGGAAUCGCCCUCGGGCCGCUCUUCCCGCCGGGGUGAUUCAGGCCGGUGGCAGCGAUCGGUGUUCGCCUGGACCGCGGGAGCCACGGCGGUGCUGACCGGACUGGGCCUGGUGCGGCGGGCGGAGAUGAAGGAGCAGCCUCGGCAGUGGCGGCAGCAGCAGCAGCAACCGGGAAAGCCGUGGGGAAAGGAGGAGGAGGAGGAUCUGGCACGGCUAUGCGAGAGCUUCAUGGCUCCCCCGGUGAGCGGGCUGCGCGAGCUGCGGGACCGCCGCGGGGACAUGCGAAGUCGCAUGGAGCUGCUCAUCAUGGAGACGCAGAGCCAGGUGUGCAACGCGCUGGCCCAGGUCGACCGCGGCGCUGCUUUCACCGUGGACCGCUGGGAAAGGAAGGAAGGUGGGGGAGGCAUCAGCUGUGUACUUCAAGAUGGUGAUAUCUUUGAGAAGGCUGGUGUCAAUGUUUCAGUUGUUUUUGGACAUCUUUCUGAGGAAGCAGCUCAGCAGAUGAGAAGCAGGGGGAAAACUCUGAAGACCAAAAGCGGAAAAUUGCCUUUUUGUGCUAUGGGAGUGAGCUCUGUCAUUCAUCCAAAGAAUCCUUACGUUCCCACUAUACACUUCAAUUACAGAUACUUUGAAAUUGAAGAUGCAGAUGGUACUAAACAUUGGUGGUUUGGUGGUGGAACAGACCUUACACCAACUUACUUGAAUAAAGAAGAUGCUAUUCAUUUUCAUAAAACUCUGAAGGAUGCCUGUGAUCAGCAUAAUCCUGAGUUAUAUCCUAAGUUUAAAAAAUGGUGUGAUGAAUAUUUUUACAUCAAGCACCGUGGAGAACGGCGGGGAAUAGGAGGCAUCUUCUUUGAUGACUUGGACUCGCCUUCAAAAGAAGAAGUUUUUCAGUUUGUGCAGAGUUGUGCCAAAGCCAUUGUGCCUUGUUACAUUCCCAUUGUGAAGAAACACUCCCGGGACAUAUUCUCACCAAAAGAAAAGUUAUGGCAGCAGAUCCGUAGGGGGAGGUAUGUGGAAUUCAAUCUUGUGUAUGACAGAGGCACAAAAUUUGGCCUUGCAACACCAGGGUCGAGGAUUGAAAGUAUUCUUAUGUCUCUGCCACUCACUGCCAGGUGGGAAUAUAUGCAUUCACCGCCAGAGAAUUCCAAGGAAGCAGAAAUCCUAGAAGUUUUGCGCCAUCCCAAAGACUGGGUGCAGUGAUCAGAAUGCCGACCAUGUUUAGCAAUGAGGAAAGGACUUGCUUUGCUACCCACUCUCAUCCACCUGGCCCUGCGUGGCAGUAAAGAAUGUUUACCUAUUCUCUCACCUCAUGCCUUAGGAAUUGUAUUAGAUUCUAUGGUAUGUAAAUGCUCUCUUAGAACUACAUAUUGCUCCUUUGUAGAUUCUUGUUGAUCAUUUGUAUUAGUGUGACUGUAAAGGUCUGGGUGAAAAUCACAUUAAGGCAAGAGGCGUUGCACUCAAAAUGUAAUCAGCAUAGACUGAAGUGCUGCAAGGUACUGAGGUAUAGACUCCAUGCCUCUGUUUCAGGGAUUUCUAUACUCUUACUUUCCACAGUAGGAACAAAUGUUGACAAAAGGCUUUAGCCCAAUUUAGCCUUAAGUUGCCUGCAGUGUUUUUGACUCCUUGCCAAACCAGUUUCCAGGACAGUGAUUCAUGUAACUUGAAACUAAAAUGCUGCUCCAUUUGACUUGUGAUAAUUUGUUAAAUUGCAGAGAAAUGUCUGCAUUGGCUACUAUCAAUUAUGGUAAAAAAAAAA